AUGUGGUGUCUAUCCAGGAAGGUCUUUUCCCUUGGCUGCGGGCGGCGUGUCCGACGGUCCAAGAGUGCCAACACGUACCGGGUGACACUUCAAAAGCAGGCAUUGGAGGACCGCUUCGGCAUCGUGAUUACGUACACCAAACGCGGGGAAGGACUGCUGAUCAAAGACGUGGGCCCGGAGUCUGCGGUCUUGCAGUGGAGCCAGGAGCAUCCUGAUCGCCCAAUCCGCAUCGGCUGUGCCAUCCUCGCCAUCAACGGGGAAUAUCAGAUUGAGCCCAUGCUGGAGCAGCUGCACAUGUCCUGCAAGCUUGAGUUGGUGAUCACGUGCGAGCUCACAGCCAACCAGCAACAGACGUUGCAAAGGUCGCUGCAGAAGACAGUACCUUCUUCUGUGGUGGAAUCGCUUCCUCGAGUUGCAGCCGACAAAUUCUCGGAUGUCUGCGCCAUUUGUUUUGAGGAACUGGAUGGGACCUUACCGAUCCAGCUGCCGUGCGGACACGCCUUCCACGCCCCUUGUGUGAAGACCUGGCUUGUCACGCGCAGCCGCCGCUGCCCGAUGUGCAACCAGGACGUGGAUUUGAGCCGACCGGGUGGUGAUUCUCAUCAUUCUCAUCAGCUACCCCGCGUGCUUCAUGAAGCAACUCAGUGA